AUGCAUUUCGCAUAUCCUCCCCGAAAGAAGUCGGGCCCGCCACCCUACCUGCCGCGCUCGACGAGAAUACCCACGUUGCGGAAGAGUCGCCUCAAAACCAUCGCAAUUACAUGCGUUGCAAUUCUAUUCGUGAUAUGGCUGUUCUCUGGUAGCAGCAGCACGAAGAGCAGCACGAGAAGCAGCUCACGGCACGUAAUAACAGGGGAGCCGCCAGUUGUCAUUGUGACUGUGUUUGACUCGAAGAGUGUCAAGGGCGAUUCAGAUUAUAAUUAUAUCAAGGAUGUGAUGGAGAACAGAGUUGCGUACGCGGAAAAACAUGGUAAGUGUCCACUACCCUUGAAGGAACCAUUGGAUGCCGGCAUUAACGUGGAUAAAAUAGGAUACAAGACACAUCUGGUCGAAUUCACAGAUUACGAGCUGAACGACACCCCCCGAUCAUGGGCGAAAGUGGUGGCCGUGAGACACGCCAUGGCCAAAUUUCCCGACUGCAGAUACCUUUGGUUCCUCGAACAAAAUGCCCUGAUCAUGAAUCCCAACUUGAAGAUCGAAGACCAUGUCUUUGCUGCGAGCAAGCUCGAAGCCAACAUGAUCAAGGACCUCCCCGUCGUACCGCCAGACAGCAUCAUUAAAACAUUCUCCCAUCUGACGGCGGACGAUGUCGAGCUUGUCGUCACCCAGGACAAGGAGGGUCUGUCGACAGGCAGUUUCUUGAUACGGAAUGGGGAGUGGGCCAAGUUCUUCCUCGAUACAUGGUUCGAUCCAUUGUACAGGAGCUAUAACUUCCAAAGAGCAGAGACCCAUGCUUUGGAACACAUUGUUCAAUGGCACCCCACGAUUCUUUCCAAAUUGGCCGUCAUUCCCCAGGAUCUGAUCAACUCGUACGGCACGGCCACCAAGGGCAAGGCGUACGAGAAUGGAGAUCUCGCCAUAAGAUUUGCCGGCUGCACGAGAAGUAGCUCGUCGGGCUGUGCGGAGCAGGCGAAACCAUACCAAUCCAAAUGGCGGGAAACCUUUGCAUGACAACACGGCGACGACCACCGCCAGCCAGGUAGCGAUUCGCGAUUCCUCCGUUCGAAUAUACCCUUGCGGACAGGUGCGGAACAGAAGGUGAGAAAGCGAUGGGGAAUACCCUCAAUGAAGUCAUGGGCGUUUUUUUUCUCCCCACGAAGGGUCACAUGGUGCAUUAUCUUGGUUACAAAUGAAUCUAGACUAGUAGGGCGUUUUGAAACCUCGGGGGACGGUUUUGGCAACGGCUGACCGUGGCAUUUACGGGUGUUCUGUGAGUGAUGAGCAUUAUUGGUAAUUCGCUACACUUAAUGAGCAAAAUUUUGGCAUCCUGAAUUACGUGAGAAGGCCGCAUGUAUGUGUGUGUGAGAGAAACUCGCGUCGGGUUCGUACGGGAAACAAUCAUAUGUCGACGUGUUUAGGUUAGACUUCAUAUGAUGGUAUGAGUCCUUGGUUUAGCAUCCUGGAUUUUGGAUGCUUUGAACUAUUGAG